GGUCCUGUCUUAUUUGUGAGUUUUUCCCGCGCUGUUCUUGCUAAACUGAACUGACACCACCAGCUUGGGUUUUAUUUCAGAUAAAGUCUAAGCUGUUUUUGAUAAAAUGCCCUCGGACUAUGAUCCAGCGUGUUUGCCAGACUUAUUGCCCCUCUACUACCGCCGCCUGUUCCCCUUUGCACAGUAUUACCGCUGGCUCAGCUACGGGGGAGUGCAGAAAAACUACUUUCAGAACCGUGAGUUCUCCUUCACACUCAAGGAUGACAUCUAUGUGCGCUACCAGUCGUUCAGCACACAGAGCGAGCUGGAGAAGGAAAUGCAGAAAAUGAACCCAUAUAAGAUCGACAUUGGAGCAGUGUACAGUCACAGGCCGAGUCAGCACAACACAGUGAAGUCCGGCAGCUUCCAGGCUCUGGAGAAGGAGCUGGUGUUUGAUAUCGAUAUGACGGAUUAUGAUGACGUUCGAAGCUGCUGCAGUGCUGCAGAUAUUUGUUCAAAGUGCUGGACACUGAUGACCAUCGCCAUCCGUAUUUUGGACAGAGCUCUUCGAGAGGACUUUGGUUUCCAGCACUUGCUGUGGGUGUACUCUGGAAGAAGAGGAGUGCAUUGCUGGGUGUGUGAUGAAGCUGCCCGGAAGCUCUCUGCAGCAGCACGGUCUGCUGUUGCAGAAUAUCUCAGUCUGAUUAAGGGGGGUGAAGAGAUGGUGAAGAAAGUUAUUCUGACUGAUCCUAUUCACCCUUUCAUCAGAGAAUCUCUAGGAGUGGUGAAGCAAUACUUUCCUCAAUAUGCUCUUCACGAUCAAGACAUACUGGGACGGAAGGAGUCUGUAGACAAAAUCCUGGCUCUUGUACCUGAAGAUGUUAGAAGGGAAUUACAGCAGUUAUUUCAGAAUGAGAGGAGGCCAGAGCAACGCUGGAGUCAGAUCAAAGACCAAGCCAAGAAGAAACAGGCCACUGCCAAAAAGGGGCAACACUUUGAAAAGGAGAUCAUGCUGCAGUACUGCUACCCUCGACUCGACGUCAACGUCAGUAAAGGUGUUAACCAUUUACUGAAGAGUCCAUUCAGUGUUCAUCCUAAAACAGGGCGCAUCUCUGUCCCCAUGGAGCUUAAAGAUUUGGACAAGUUUGAUCCUUUUGCUGUUCCCACAAUCAGCCUCAUAUGUGAAGAGUUGGAUCGACCCAAGGCAGAUGAUGAAGAUAAAAAGUCAGGCGACACAAAGGAGAAGGAAAAUGAAAAUGGCGUGACAGAGAAGAGGAAGAACAGAGAUUACAAGAGAACCAGUUUGGCAAAGUACGUGAAGUGCUUUGAUCAGUUUCUGGAUGGAAUGGCUCAAUCAUGGAAAGGAGAACUUCUCAGAAAGAGUGAUCUUCAGAAAGAGUUCUGAACAGGGUCAUCAAUCAGAAAACACAUGAAAUCACAGUUCCUGUCUUAUUCCUUGAAGUAAAUGAUGAUUCCUACUUACGGUUCAUUUUGUGGAGAUUGUUCAUUGUUGACAAUACCUACUGACUGAGCCAUGCUCUUUAUUCAUUCAUGUUACAUUUGUGUGUUAAACUAAUUAAAGCUGAUUUUAUUGCUGAAAAUAUUUGUCUUUUGGCAGCAAUCUGCUGCUGUGCAGUGCAAAUAAAUACAUUACAUCUCUUUGUAAACCU